AUGAAGCAGAAGACAGAAACGGAGAAUUGUGAGGCCUAUAAAUACUUUACUGACAGCGAGGACUUACCACUCAACGCGGCGCUAGACAUAAACCGCCUUGUGGUUGGUGGCCCGUGUUCCUCUAAGCGCUGUCAUUUGUCCUCGGCCACUCCGACCAAUCAGCAAGCAGUCUCAGUCUAUGACCCGGUUGCUGACGCUCCUGACAUAGGCAACGCGCAGUACUUGGCUCUGAAAGCAUCUAUUCAAAGUGCAAAAGGCACGUCACAGCCACCGUCACCUCCUGCUCCCUUCGAGGGUCUCUUUGGCCUGUCCGAUAAAUUGGAGAACAUGAAUAACUCUAUAAUGCUAAUUACCCCAGCGAAUGCGAACGAGUGUCCCACGCCCCAUAUUCGCCACGGCGGUGUCGUCGUCAAUGGAAAACGACUUACAGCGUGCACGUGGCGAGAGUUCCUGUUCAUCAUCCUCUGCACUAUCCUCACCACCCUCCUCAUCAUCAUCCUCUUCCUCUACAUUGGAACACCGAAAGAAAAGGAAGCUACACCAAACGAUAGCCGAGGUCUGCAGUUGGCGAAAACCUACUUUGCCUCCUGUAUCAACGAACAGGCCGUAAAUAAUCUCGGUUUGAAGCCGAUCAAGUUGAUAUUAACACAACUCUUCGGGGGCUGGCGUCUGCUGCCCGAGAACACAGAGGGCGGUCGUUCGGACGGUGGAGAAGAUGUCUUUGGUGUAGGCAAAUACGACCUCACGGCGCUUGUUCAGACCUUCCUACGCUUCGGCCAUGGAGUAGACAUCUUCCAACUCCUGAUUGAGAAGGAUCCACGAAACUCUCAACGAUAUGCCAUUACAGCGAACUCAGUAUGCUGCCAGAAUACUAUCUCGACACUUCAGAUGCCAAAAUUAAAAGGGCAAGUGGUUCAGCACUUUCGAGAGUUCAUGCGCACCUAUGCUAGAAUGCUGGGUGUUGCGGAACCUGAGCUCUUAGCCAUGGAUGCUAUUUAUGAGUUGGAAACGUUGAUGGCACAGAACAUGGAACCAAGAGCUCGUCAGAGCAUUGAAACAAACUUUUUCAAGUUGAAUAUGACUGAACUACAGAAUUUUUGUCAAGUGAUUGACUGGAAACGUCUAUUCAACGGCCUAUUUAGUGCAGUUAACUACUCCAUCACGGACUCCGAGACGGUCAUCAUUGGAGAUUAUCCCUUCUUUGAAAAGCGUUGUAAAGUCUAUGCUGAGUAUAUGGCUUCUGCAGAGAAAAUCAGAGUAGUCCAUGACACUGCAAUUUGGAGAACUCUGUGGUCAACAACACCCUUUAUGCCAUCUACGCUCCGCAAGGAAAUUGAAGUAUAUGAACAGGCUAGUACAGGCGUGAAGGAACAGCCUCAGCGUUGGUUAUCGUGUGUGCGCAACACAGAGGAGUACUUUGGGAUGACAAUUGCAAGAAAAUUCGUGGCCCAGCACUUUGAUGAGCGAAGCAAAGAAGUGGCAACGAAAAUGAUUGGAAAAAUAAAGCAGGCCUUUAAGAGUUCCUUUUACCAGGUGGAUUGGAUGGACGACAAGGCAAAAAAAGGCGCCGAGGAGAAGGUUGACAUGAUGGGCGACUCCAUUGGUUAUCCUGACGAUAUUAAUGAUAUUGAGAAGGAGAACAAGCCGUUCUUUGCAGUGGAUUCGCUGGACAAUGGCACUUUUCUUGACAACAGCUUUACUUUGGCCCGAUCAAAGGCGCUCAUUUUGUUGCGAAAACUCUUCGAUGAAAGCCUAAAAACAUGGGACAUGGCUCCUCACAUUGUGAAUGCCUUCUACAAUCCCCGGGAAAACCACAUCUACUUUCCCGCGGGUAUUUUACAAAAACCCUUCUAUGAUGCCUACUAUCCGCUUGCUCUUAACUAUGGCGGAAUUGGAGUGGUGGUUGGUCACGAAAUUGUUCACGCAUUUGACAGGCAAGGAUCGAAGUACGAUGCGAAGGGCAAUUUGCGUCAAUGGUGGAGCGAAAGCACACGAGCCGAUUUUGAGAAAAAUAGUGAAUGUAUGGUGCGCCAGUAUGGCAACUACACGGUCCAGGGAAAGAAUGUUGAUGGACACCUAACGCUUAGCGAGAAUAUCGCAGACAAUGGUGGAAUAAAAGCAGCUUAUCGGGCUUUCCUCAAGCUACAAGGGGAGGAAGGUGCACCCCAUAAACUGCCAGGCAUAAACCUAACAUUCAAUCAACUCUUCUUCAUCUCGUUUGCCCAGGUUUGGUGCAAACGCCAAUUACCCCAGGCUGCACUGCAUACGGUCAUGUUUGACGUUCACGCACCUGAACGAUACAGGGUCAUAGGGACACUGUCAAAUUCGGACGACUUUGCUGAAGCGUUCUCGUGUCCACGAGGAUCUUGCAUGAACCCCCCAAAUAAGUGUGUUCUUUGGUAA